AUGCAACAGAACCCGCAAGGAUGUGUUCCUGAGCAUAGUGGGCCUGCAAAACGCCAGAUGCCUGACGAAGCCGCGCCACGCCUCCUCGCACCUGCAGGCUGGACCGUCCUCCCGAGUGAAAAGUCCUCUACAAAAGCCUUUGACAGCCGCGAUGCUGUGUCCCGGUUCUCAGAGAUAUCUGACGAGGAUGCGGACGCCGUCGAGGAAGGUAGCGGUGAAGAGGAGGAACUUGUAGGUUGGGGAGCGCUCCUCGAGCAUGAAGUCUUUGAGGUUGGCGUUUUUGAUGGCCCUUUUGAGGGCGGUUUCUUGGCAGGGGUUAUUGUUGUGGUGAGGGGUCUUUUAUUCGGUUCGUUGCUUGGAUGGGGUAAGAUGCUCUGCUUAAUCAAGCGGCGCACGUGUUUUAGCAACUGUGUUAGAGUGAACCACGCGCUUGCCAAGAUUCAUGUGUUUGCCUCCCGCUUCUGA